AUGUUCAUUGACUUUGGCUAUGCAAAGAAAAUGGGCGGAGAGUGCAUUUUGCGCUUUGAUGACACAAAUCCAACCGUGGAGAAGACUGAAUAUAUCGACGCCAUAAAAGAGAUGGUGAAGUGGUUGGGCCACGAACCGGCCAAGAUCACAUUCAGCUCGGAUUAUUUCGAUCAAUUGUAUGAUCUAGCUGUCGAAUUGAUCAAGCGCGGUAAAGCUUUUGUAUGCCAUCAGACGGGAGAAGAAAUUUCUCGUGACCGCAAAGAUGGAGUCGAGUCGCCUUAUCGGAACCGCUCUGUGGAAGAGAACUUGAGGCUAUUCACAGACAUGCGAAAGGGAAAGUAUGCGGAAGGCGAAGCAACUUUGCGUAUGAAGAUAGACAUGAAAUGCGCUAACCUGGUCAUGCGUGAUCCAGUAGCAUAUCGAAUAUUGCAUUCCCCUCAUCCUCACGUCGGAGACAAAUGGUGCGUGUAUCCUUCUUACGAUUACACGCAUUGUAUUGUGGAUUCACUGGAAUGGGUUACACACUCACUUUGCACAUUAGAGUUUGAAAUUCGUCGCGACUCGUACUACUGGUUACUGGAGGCUCUGGAUUUGUAUCGGCCGUUCGUAUGGGAAUCGGCCCGUCUCAAUUUGCAGUACACUGUGAUGUCAAAGCGAAAGCUCAAACAGUUGGUGGAAAACAAUAUUGUAAGAGGGUGGGACGACCCCAGAAUGCCAACACUUGUUGGGAUGCGUCGCAGAGGGUACCCUCCAGCUGCUUUAAAUCGAUUUUGCUCUGCAGUUGGGAUUUCGAGGGCAACCAACGUCAUCGGGAUGCACGUCCUGGAAUAUUGGGUACGAAGCGAAUUAGACGCAAAUGCAAAGCGUGUGCUGGCAGUUUUGAGACCGCUGCGACUAAUCAUUACCAAUUUUAGAGGAGAGGAGAAAGUUACUGUUGCCAACCACCCGAAGAAUGCUGGAAUGGGAAGUCGGGAAAUCAAAUUGUCAAGGACGCUGUAUAUUGACGAGAUGGAUUUCAGAAUGGAAGACAGUAAGGGUUACUACGGGUUGGCACCCGGGAAAACGGCGAUGCUCCGUUACGCUUACCCUGUGAAAAUUGUUAAGGUUGUGACAGGAGAUAAUGGGAAACCAUGUGAAUUAAUGGGCGAGUUUGACUACCAAAAAUGUAGCAAACCGAAAGGAGUUCUUCAUUGGGUUGGGGAGGAUAGCGUUGACUUUGAAGCGCGAUUAUACAGCACGCUAUUCAAAUCUGAAGACCCGUCGUCUCUGAACAACGAAUGGCUUGAGGAUCUCAAUGAGGAAGGGGAGGUUGUGGUUGAUGGGGCGAAAAUUGAGUCUAGUGCAGUGUCGAGCGAUGUUCGUACGACGUUCCAGUUUGAGCGUACUGGGUACUUCACUGUAGAUAACGAUUCCACUGCGAAAAAGCCUGUUUUCAAUAUGACAGUCUCGCUCCGGGAUUCGAGGUAGACACGUGAUAUUGUAAAAUGACCUGAUGUCAGGUGCUGU